AGUGUCUGCUGCGAUUGACAUUGUCUGAGGAGAUUGUGAAGCCUUUCUCUCGGCCCAGGAGAGCAGCAGCAGCAGCAGCAGCAGCAGCUUUGUGCCAUGUCUAUAGCAACAGACAUGUUUGUCUGCCAGCUGGCAGCUGCAGAACCUUGGCCCGAAAAUGCAACACUGUAUCAACCCUUGAAAGGGGAACAGAUUUUGCUGUCAGACAAUGCUUCCUGUCUUGCUGUUCAGGCGUUUCUGCGGAUGUGCAAUCUACCAGUCCAAGUGGUUUGUCGGGCAAAUGCAGAGUACAUGUCUCCAUCUGGCAAGGCUCCCUUUAUACAUGUUGGUAAUCAUGUUGUAUCAGAACUUGGUCCCAUAGUACAGUUUGCAAAAGCCAAGGGUCACUCACUAAGUGAUGGACUAGAUGAAAUUCAAAAGGCUGAGAUGAAAGCUUAUACAGAAUUGGUGAAUAAUAUGCUGUUGACAGCAGAGCUUUACGUUCAGUGGUGUGAUGAUAGUACAUCAGCAAAGAUAACUCGUUCUAGAUAUGGUUCACCAUAUCCUUGGCCUUUAAACCAUAUAUUAGCCUAUCAGAAACAAUGGGAAGUAAGGCGCAAGAUGAAGGCAAUUGGAUGGGGUGGAAAAUCUCUAAAGCAGGUGCUCGAAGAUGUAGAUCGAUGCUGUCAAGCUCUCUCUCAAAGGCUGGGUACCCAACCCUAUUUCUUUACUAAACAGCCAACAGAACUGGAUGCAUUGGUGUUUGGUCAUCUGUUCACCAUCCUUACAACUCAGCUGACCGAUGAUGCACUUUGUGAAAAAGUAAAAAAUUAUGAAAAUCUCAUCAAGUUUUGCAGAAGAAUAGAGCAACAAUACUUUGAAGAGCAUGAUCAAGAGAGUGUUUUGAGUUCAGUAUCCAGGUGUUCAAGAGGUUCUUCCACAAAAUAAUUAAUAAAGAACAAAAGGAGGGAAUGAUUAUUGAAAUAAUUAAUAUUAUAUCAAACUACAUAAAAACUGAAGGCUUGUUGAAAAAAAAUUGAUUUCCAAGUUGUGUGUGAUUAACACAGUUACAGUUCAAUCUCCUGUAACAUUUUUUCAUGUAAGAUUAUUCAAAAAUCUGCAGACUUUAAUUAUUAGCAAGAUGACCCUGUGCUUUAUUUUAUAUUUAAUAUAAAUUUAAUGACAAUUUGAUGGAAUUGUGUCUGUGAAAAACCAAUUAAAGAGUAAUUGGGAAUCUCUAAAUGUCCUCUUUGAUCACAGUGCUUUUAAAUAUGAGCAAACACAGUGACUCCUGAUUAUCCCCCACAAGCACAAAAGGGUACAAUUUGCAUUACACAUUCGAGGAUUACUAUGUUAGCUAUUCUAGGCUCAACUGGUAAUCUGCUCUCUUUGUGUUUUAACAAGUAAGUAUUGAAAGAAGAUCCUUGCUUUACAAGAUGAUUAGUCCCCUUUUCAUAUUAACAUUCAUGGGAUUACUCCCUCCAGAAAUGAGCUAGAAAGAGGGUCAGCUCACUUGAAAGUAGCUUGCUUGUCCAAGUACAGGCAACAGAGUCCUCCCUAUUAGCUGGUUUCUCUACAUUUGGGCAAAAAUUCCCUUUGAGAGGUUUCCUUGGCCUAGAUAAUAUCUGAAUAAGUAUAUAAUACAAAAUAGAAAUAUAUUUAAUUUUAGUGAGAUGUUUAAAAUGUAUCUUUAUUAUUAAAUUUGCCUUCAUACAGAUUGAUUGGUCUGGGCUUACCUUGGUCUGCAGGUGUAUCAUUGAUAAACCUAGGUUUAUGCUGCACUUUUCAUGAUUUCUACACACUGAAACAUACCAGGAUUAUUGUGUGCAGUUUUAGUCUCCUUACCUCAAAAGAUAUACCAGCAAAGGCUUACCAGACUGAAUCCUGGCAUUGCAGGUUAAUCUCAUAAAUGAGAAGAGAUUGGGUCAACUAGACCUAUGCUGAAAAAUGUGUUGCUGGAAAAGCGCAGCAGGUCAGG